AUGUACGCCCACCUCAACAACACCGUCUACGCCAUGCUCUUCGACUCGAUCGUAAACAGCUGGCUCAUCGCCGAGUGCGGGAUGGAUCCGUUCAACAGGAACAAGUCCGCCGACAGUGACACUGAGCGGAACAUCUCCCAGCAAGUCGGGAUCAUGGUCAACUCGUACUGCGACUACUUCGCCUCGGCGUCGUACCCGGAUGUACUGGAUCUAGGGCUGCGGGUUGCGAGGCUGGGGUCGUCGAGCGUGACGUAUGAGGUUGGGGUGUUUCGGCGGGGGGAGGAGGAUGUGAAGGUUGUCGGGGGCUAUACGCAUGUGUUUUGUGCGAGGGAGACGAUGAGGCCGGCGGAGGGGGGCAUGGAGGAGAGGGUUCGACGGGGGUUGGAGAGGUUGGUUGUUAGGGAGGGGGCUAAGUUGUGA